AUGAUCGAAGCAUUGUAUAUAUCAGAUAUAAGUAAUGUUUUGAUCUAUGAAUACUCAAAUAAAUUAUCACUACCGAAGUUCAAAUCAAUCUUACCAAAAAUUCAAUCACAAAUAAACAAUUCAUCAUCUUCAACAACAACUCAUAUAUCCAUCAACUCUUCCUACUACAUAAUACAGCACAAUCAUUUGUCGCUAAAUUUCUAUGUCUUAUGUUCAAAUACAUAUAAUACAAACCCUAUAAUACCUCAUACAUUCAUACUAAGACUAAUUGAAACAUUACAAGACUAUUUUGGAGAAUUAAAUAGUAAUAAAAUAGAAACUAAUAAUGAUAUUAUUACGUUGAUACUAUACCAAAUGCUAGAUGAUGGGAUGCCAAACAUAACAGAUUUUAAUAAAAUAAGAGACUUAGUGAGUCAUAAUUCAUUACUAACUAAAAUACUAAAUGAAGCUUCCAAGACUACUGGUAUUGCACAAGAUACAAAAUUAUCAUUUCAAACAGAUAUACCAUGGAGACGAAAUGAUGCAAAGUAUACGAAUAACGAGAUGUAUGUGGACGUUAUUGAGAAUAUUAGUUUGACUAUAAAGCCAAUUGUCAAAAGAUCAAAAUUAAAUCAACAACAAUAUGAUUCAGCUUUCUAUUCAAGUCGUCAAAACGAAAAUAUCGUGGACAAUUAUAUUUUAAGUGGUCAUAUUAAUGGCCAAAUUGAUUUUAUAAGUAAAUUAAGUGGUCAACCAACUUUAGAAUUAAUCUUAAACAAAAUUGGCUCACAUUUGGUUUUACCAAGAUUUCAUAAAUGUGUAAACUUAGAUAUGUUUAAAGAAAGAAAAGGAGUGUUAUCAUUUAUCCCACCAGAUGGAAAAAGCACAUUAAUGAAAUAUCAAAUCGAUUUAUGUGAUGAUUCCACUACAAAUAAAGAGAAAAUUAAUUUAUUAAAAUUGAAUUGUAUCGAUACUCAAUUUUUAGUUCAUGAUAAUUCAACAGAUUUUGAAAUUAAACUUUUCCCAGCUUUAAUGAUUAAUAAAAUUGAAAGUAUAACGGUUGAAAUAGUAUGUGAAGAUCAAGAAGAUCAAAUAAAAGUAAGUAGAAUAAGUCAUGGAGAUUUUCAAACUAGAAUCAAUAACAAACAUGAAUGGAGUAUGAAAGAUUUGAAAAAGGGAGUCAUACCAAUGUUGUAUGGAACCAUUACAAGUAAAAAUGACCAAGAAACUGACAAUAAUAGUGAAAAAGACUACAAUUCAGAGAAAUCACCAGUUGCAUCAACCCAACCAAGAAAACCUUUAUAUAUUAAGUUAAAUUUCACAUAUAAAGGUCUAGUACCAAGUGGUAAUAAAGUAGAAAGUUUGAAAAUAACAAAUGCAAAAGGAUUAGGUGAUAAUGUUAAACCCUAUAAAGGUGUAAAGUAUAUAACCAAUUCUGGUGAGUAUAUAGUAAGAUCUUAG